GUUCAGUCUUGCGACGAGCUCACCAGGUCCCUCUGGUCUGCAGGCCGCCCGCUGCCCACAACGGCUUGCUUUGUUGCUUUUCCGCCGCACUGAGCUCGUCAUCUGUACAUGAGAGCGACGACACGGCUUUCUUCCGCUUUCGAUGGGAAAGAAGGAGCGAGAUGAGGUUUUGUCUGACAUUGCGGGCCGUAUCUUCGCGGCCAUGGUGGACGAUGCGCUGAUGGACGUCGUGCUAGAGUCUCAUCAGUCCAUAGCGCGGUCCAGGAAGGUCUGCGAUAUAUGCCACACAUACUGUGAACAAGUUCAUGUACCCGGAGCAUCUGGGAGUGCUCCAGGCGCGUCUCCUUAUAAAGGCGCCACACCUACCGAGGAAGUACGCACGAACAGUCCCGCGGGUACUGGUACCAACACGCCGGUGAACGGCAAGUCGAACGGGAACGUCAUCUUGGAAUGCGUGAAUUGCGGGCGACAGAUGGCCUCGAACCGCUAUGCCGCCCAUCUCGCCGACUGCAUGGGCCUGAGUACACGCAGAGGGGCUACCCGGAAUGCUUCUCACAAAGCCAAGAUUGGUUCGGACGCUGGUAGAUCCGCGUCACCUUUCUUGGGCACUGAGGACGGCAUGCUGUCUGAUGAUGGCAAAGCAGGACCCGCUGGAAAAGGGAAGGGCAAGUCAAGGGCUAAACGCGUAGAUGACGCAGAAUUCAACUUGCAUCGGAAGAGGCCGGGUUCACCCAUUGUGUCGCCCAAGAAAAAUGCAAAGAAGGCCAAGACGUCAGGCUCUCCGAUGGCACGAGUCAAAGAAGCAGACGGAUCACCCAGUAAUACACUGCCGGUCCCUGGUACAGGCUCUCAUUCAAGGGUGCCAUCCAAGCUGCGAGAUUCAUCGAUCGUGUCGACCGCUCAGCGCGAACUUUCCUCAUCACCGGAGGCUCCAUCGCGCGUUCCAUCGCCCGCGCCUUCAAUGUCCACACUCGCGUCGGCACCGUCUUUGCAGAGUCCCACGUUGUCUGCUAAGACGCCGCAGAGGGCAAACGGUAGGAAGGGCAAACCGAUACACCCUCCUCCGCAGAGAAGACCCAGCCCGCCGCGGCCGCCUCCUCCGCCCGUCAUCCGCAUGCCCGAACCUGAUUACCUCGUCGACGUGGACGGGGACGAGACCGGCUCGUCGACAGAUACUGACAGCGACUGAUAGCACACGGCUUUGUUAACCCGCAUUCUUGUAUGAGAUUGAAGUGUCGCCUGUUGUUGUAUAACUGCUCUCGCAUUGCACAUGGAGUGUACUAUGUACAGUUGAUGGUCUUCGGAAGUAGCUGCCCACGAAUAGUCACCAAUGGCAUGACAGUUAUAGUUGGAUGAGUCCACCACGGCGAUGCGGGGCGUUGCCCUGAGGACAGGCCGCCGG